AUGUUGCCUCCCGCGGCAGCAGAUGCAACUACGGCGGCUUCGUCGUCUGUGCAGCAGCAGCCUCCCGCCGCCGCAGCUCCGUGUGCAGUUCCCCAGACUUUGCCAACCAGUGGACAGCAAGAGCCUCCGCCACCGCAAGUUGCAGUUCCACAGAACCCUUUGCCAAACACUGGUUUGCAACAGCUUUCCGCCGAAGCUCCGUGUGCAGUUGUGCCAAACAGUGCACAGCAGCAGCCUGCGCCGCCGCAACAGGUUGCAGUUCCGCAGAACCCUUUGCCAAACAGUGGUUUGCAACAGCUUCCCGCCCAAGCUCCGUGUGCAGUUGUGUCAAACAGUGCACAGCAGCAGCCUCCGCCACCGCAGCAGGUUGCAGUUCCGCAGGACCCUUUGCCAAACGGUGCUUUGCAGCAGCUUUCCACCGAAGCUUCGUGUGCAGUUGUGCCAAACAGUGGACAGCAAACAGCAGCUCCGCCGUGUGCCGUGCCACAGCAGGUGGCAGCAGCUCCGUUUCAAGUUGUGGCGGCUCCACCGAUCUUGCAGGGCAGUGGACAGCAGCAGCCUCCCUUCGCAGGUCCGUGUGCAGUUACCCAGCAGCAGCAGCAGCAGCAGCAGAGUCUUGUGACAGGCAGUGGACAGCAGCAUGGAGCAGCUCCGUGUGUCGUUCCGCAGCAGGUGGCAGCUGCUCCGUUGGCAGUUCCCCAGACCUUUGCAAACGGCGGUGGGCUGCAGCAGCUUCCCGCUACAGCUCCUGGCGGUGCAGUUACCCAGCAGCAGCAGCAGCAGAGCCUUGCGCUAAGCAGUGGACAGCAGCAAAACCCUUUGCCAAACACCGGGGCACAGCAGGUGGCAACAGCCUCGCAGAACCUUGUGCCAAGUGGACCGUCACAGCUGCAACGGCUUCCCCCGAUGGUAGUGCAUGCCAAUCCGGCUCCGGUCACACUUCAUGUGGCACCGACAAGGAGGGACUCCAUGGUGAGCGAGACCACUGCCGCGGGCGAUGAUGGUGUUUCGGUCGCAGAUCUAAUUGCGGAGAUGGAGACACAGCUUGCCCCACAAGGCCAGACCGCACCCGUGCCUGCUGGUUUGCAGCACAGUGCCUCUAUGUUGACUGUGGCUGCUUCCUUCGACGACCUUUCCAAAGUUGCUCGAAUCGACGAUUACGCCUUGCCGGAAUUGAGCCCUGAUGAAAAACGCAUGUAUGGCAGUUUCUGGAAGCGGUUCAGAUCGAAUUCGUCGCUGGGGUCGAGUGUGGACGAAGAGUCGGUUCAGUCGCCUACGACAGCUGAGAUCGUGGAACCCAGCCCUGCUUCUACCCAGUCGGCCGCUCCGGCACUUACGACUGCUGCUGUGAAGGCCCCAACAGUGGUGGCCAAGGUUGCUGCUCCGACACCUACGACUGCUUCUGUCGUGGCCCCAACAGAGGUGGCCAACUUUGUUGCUCCGACACCUACGACUGCUGCUGUCGUGACCCCAAUGGUGGCCAACGUUGUUGCUCCGACACCUACUACGACUGCUGCUGUCGUGACCGCGGCGGUGGCCAACGUUGUUGCUCCGACACCUACGACUGCUGCUGUUGUGGCCCCAGCAGAGGUGGCCAACGUUGUUGCUCCAGCACCUACGACUGCUGUCGUGACCCCGGCGGAGGUGGCCAACGUUGUUGCUCCGACACCUACGACUGCUGCUGUUGUGGCCCCAGCAGAGGUGGCCAACGUUGUUGCUCCAACACCUGCGACUGCUGCUGUCGUGACCCCGGAGGUGGCCAACGUUGGUGCUGCUGUGGCGAAGGGGCCACCAAGUGUACCACCGAAAAUGGAACUCCCGGCUGUUCCGACCAGGGCGGCAACAGAGCAUCCGGGACAGCCCUCAACGACUACAGCAGGUGCUGCUCCCAUGACGAAUGAAGCCUUGACAAUGCUGGCUGCAUUGCUCAGCCAAUCGAUGGGCCAGCUGUCUGUUGCUGAUGGUGCUGACUCAUCAAACCUUGGAAGCAUCCAAGAAUCCUUGAAGGCGCUUGUUGCGAAAGCAACCGGAGGAGCGGCUGCGCAGCCGCUCCAACAGCAGCAGCAGCAGCAGCUGGCUGUUGCCCCUGUUCCUGAUGUUUCUGUGCCGCCGAAGCAGCCUGCUGUUGUGGAUAAAACAAAGAUUAUCGACAGUGCGAGUGGCGUUGACUUGCAGCCGUCGCCAGCGAGUCCGAGCCCCGCAACUGCACCUGCAACGCCGAGCCCGUCGAUUAAUCCGCCUGGAACCCCGAGCACUCCGCCUCCUUGCACCACUCUCGCUCUCGCGAGGCCAGGGCCCAACGCUAUCAUCAAUUCGGGAACCCACAAGACCGAGUACAAGACGUUCCAGCGGUUUUGUGAAAACUCGCCGGGAGCAGAGGAGUUGAAGAAGGUUUGGGUGCAGGGUGGACCGCAGCGUUUGGCGAUGUUCCAGAAGUUUGUGUUGACAGGUGACCCAAAGGCCUUGGAGUGCGCUCUCAGAUUCCGGCGGCAAAGGGAGGAGGAGGACAAGGACGAAGGUGAAUAUUAUCCAUGGAAGGAUAUUUUGGCCUUUCAUGAUGGCAACGAGACCAAGGCCCUUCAGUUCGUGCAACGACGGCGCACAGAGCCGACGUCGUGUGACCGCAACGACGCUACCGUCGAAACUUUCCUGUACUACGGGAGGCAGAAGAAGAGCUUCACGAACCGAACGAUCGUGGACGACAUUGCAAUGACCAUGGGCUGCUCACCUAGCUUUGCGGCUUCCGUCGCCGCGCAGCUCGACACGAUGAACGGUGCUGUGCCCAUCCAGGGCUCGAGUGGUGGUCGGCCCAGCGUUGAAGUCUCGGAGAACCCGCCGAAUCCGAAGCCGCCCCCGAAGAACGGCAAGACUCAGAAACAGAAUGCUGGCGUUCCGGAGACCACCACGACAGAAGAUCCUCCGCCCAAAAAGGCGAGACCUGCUCGUCCAGAGGGUUCUGAUUUGGAGCUGGCUAUCAGCACGGAAGAUGUUACGCUUUUCGUGAAGUCCUGGGUGGCGGCAGCUAACACGGCUCAGGGGCAAGCCGUGAAAACCUGUGCGGAGCUGGAGGUGCUGGACAGCCAGGAGGCUUUGAUGAGCAAAGUUCGGGAUUGUGCCGAUGGCAUUGGUGCCUGCCGCAAGAAGCUGCAGCUCCUGGGGCCCGCGCCCGUGGCAUCGGAUGUGCAGUCGGCCCUUUUGGAAGCGACUCGGACCUACGACCUGCUUUCAUAUGCGGCCAGGCGCAAAGCGGUGGCCGUGUCCAUACACGGUGAUGAGGGUACUGCAAAGAGAUCAAAAAGCGUCUUGGUUAUCUCACUAUCCUCCUUAGCCAUCCACCGUGCCGACAGCAUGCUGCAGAAAUAUCCGUUUUGCGUCGUGCGAGCGGACAGGUUUGCUUACAAAGACGGAAAGAACCUGACACUUGAAGGGUUGCAGCGCUGCUUUGCAGAUUCAUUCCGGAUUUGCGGCUCUUGCGACGGCCAAGGCCAACAUGGAUGGAGCAUUCACCCUGUCGUAUCCAAGGGAGACUGGAAGCACAAACGCGAGUGGUUGCAGCAGAAGCGCCACUAUAUGAACUUGGCUGGCAAUGCUCCUGCUCGUGCUUCUGAGGGUGGCAGGAUCUGCCCGAGGUGCCUGUGCGAUGGCAGCACACCUGGAAAGCACUGGGCCGAUAUGCAGGAGGGCUUCGACAACCCGGCUGAUCUGCGGGAAGCCGCGAAUGACAGUACCUGCUCGAUUAAGGGCAUGAUAAUAACGGUGCAAGUUUGA